AGUAACUACUUACGGUCGUUACAAAACGAGAAAAUUUACCAUUUAUUCAUCGUACCCCAAUGUUGUAAAUAAAAGGCGGAAUUGACUAUAUUAGUUAAUUACAUAUAUGAUAGACAAAAACAAGAUUUUUCUUAAAAUAACUUAAUUCUAGUUGCUAUUCAAAUUAUGUGUUCGAUAUUAUAAUUCGUAAUUGACGUUAGUUCAUUUUUAGACUAUUUUUGUUAACAGUUUAUCGUACUGUCCUCCAUCGAAAACAGUUUAAAAAAUUGGAAUCAAUAAUUGUAAUAUUCAUUUUGUGAUCAUUAGAUACAUUGAAAAACACGUUCAACUAACGCGUAAAAUGGAGUAUCAGAAUCGACUAUGUAUGAAAAAAUAUUUAAUUUACACAAUAGAUUUAAUGCUUUUUAAUAUAAAUUAAAUGAACAUCGGUAUCAGCGUAUUUCUCAUAUAAAAAAAUUUUUUGUAAACAUGUGAUAUUUUCUCUUGACAUUCUUUUAAACUGUAUAUAUAAAUAAUGAUGUUCUGGAUUGUUUCUCUGGUAGCAAUCAUUUUGCAUUUCAGUUCUGCACAGACUAAACCUGAAUCACAAGGUUAUUGUGCACCAUAUAAUGGGAAGAUUUGUAAGAAAUAUUUAACUGGAAUUGGAAAAGUAUGGUUUAAUGAUUCCAAUGAUAAUCCUGGAGGAUGGUUAAAUGAACGUAUUACAACUAAUUUAUGGGAAGAAUUGAUACAACGAUUAGUUGAACCAUGCCGUUCAGCUGCAGAAAAAAUGUUAUGUAUGUAUGCUUUUCCACAAUGUCACAACUCAAUUGGUCUACCUUUAUGUUAUGAAGAUUGUAUGGCAGUACGUCAUCAAUUUUGUUUUAAUGAUUGGGCAAUGAUAGAAGAUAACAAACAGAGGGAUAUUUAUAUCAGAUCAAGAGGUCAUUUUACAUUACCAGAUUGUGAAUCACUGCCAAAAAUAAUCAAAGGAAAAGUGACUUGUUCUCAUAUUCAUUUAACUGAUAUGAAUGAAGAUCUUGUUACAUAUGAUUGUAUCAAGGGCAAUGGUAGAUUUUAUAUGGGCAAAGUAAAUAAAACAAAAUUAGGCUUGGAUUGUCAGUCAUGGAAUGCACAAAUACCACAUAAUCAUGAUAGACCACCAGAUGUCUUCCCUCAAAUUCGUUAUGGAGAAAAUUAUUGUAGAAAUGCAGGUGGAGAUGAACCAAUGCCAUGGUGUUUUACUAUGGAUCCUCAUAUACGAUGGCAAUAUUGUGAUAUUCCUAUAUGCGGUAGGCAUUUAAUACCUGAUAAUAUAACAAAUAAAAUUCCAGAAAUAGAUCCUAAAGAUUUAGUAAUGGAUACAUUAUUUACUCCAAUGUUUAUAUUGAUAUUGUCUUCAUUAGGAUUUGUAAUUAUAACUGGAACUUUAUUAUCUAUUAUUUUAAGUCAUAGACUUCACAAAAGACAUCAAGGAUAUAAUCCUACAGAUAAUCAGUAUGUCAGUAUUGAUUUGGACAAACUACCAAGUAAUGAUGCAUACCAUAAAACAAGUGCACAACUUAAUCCAAAAUUGGAAAAACUUGAAUUUCCAAGAAAUAAUAUUAUUUAUGUUCGAGAUUUGGGACAGGGCGCUUUUGGUAGAGUAUUUCAAGCAAAAGCACCUGGUCUUGUUCCAGGUGAAGAAUUUACCAAUGUUGCUGUAAAAAUGUUAAAAGAAGAAGCAUCAGAUGAUCUGCUCAAGGAUUUUGAACGAGAAGCAUGUCUUCUUGCCGAAUUCGAUCAUCCAAAUAUCGUCAAAUUAUUAGGUGUAUGCGCUUUAGGUCGACCGAUGUGUCUUCUUUUUGAAUACAUGGGUCGUGGUGAUUUGAAUGAAUUUCUCCGAUCUUGUUCACCGGGAAAUUAUAUUAUUCGAAGUCUAGAAAAAGAUGAACAUUUCACAGAUUCUCGUUUAUCGCAUAUGGAUUUGAUUAAUAUUGCACUUCAAGUAGCAUCAGGAAUGGUAUAUUUGUCAGAUCGAAAAUUCGUUCAUCGAGAUCUCGCAACGAGAAAUUGUUUGAUCAAUGAUCAAAUGAUUGUAAAAAUAGCAGAUUUCGGUUUGUCGCAAAAAAUCUAUUUACAAGAUUACUAUAAAGGCGAUGAACAAGAUGCUAUUCCAGUUAGAUGGAUGCCUUUAGAAAGUAUAUUGUAUAAUAAGUAUACCGUUGAAUCUGAUGUAUGGGCGUUCGCGGUGUGCUUGUGGGAAAUAUUUAGUUUUGCGCUCCAGCCUUAUUAUGGAAUGACGCACGAAGAAGUUGUAAAAUAUAUAAAAGAAGGCAAUGUACUCCAAUGUCCCGAAAAUACUCCGCCGGCGAUAUAUGAUCUGAUGAAACUUUGUUGGAACAGGAGACCAUCAGAUAGACCUACUUUCAGAACAAUUUAUAAUACUCUUGAUACUAUAAAAUACAAUCUGGAAGCAGAAAAUAAGUCGGAUAGUGUACCAUUGCGUAUUCACGUUUAAACUUGUUGAUAAUUUGUCUCUGAAGGAAAUUCAAUUAUUUAUACAAUUAUGAAAUAAGUGAUAUUUAUGGAAAGAGAUAAAGGUAAGUGGUAAAUUAUACUAGAUGUUAUAUACAACUGCCUUUGUUAUGUUUGUUAUGUAGCCUUAUUAAAUGAAUUAAUAUAUAUUAGAAAUGUAUCAAACUAACACAUAUUGGCUACUAUUAUGUUCACAAGAAUGAUUGCAUGAAUGCAUCAAGUCAAAUUUGUAAAUUGAAAAUGAAAAAAAAUCUUUUUAUUUGAUUUAUAUCUAUUAUUCUUGUAAAUAUACUUACUAUUAAAUUAAUUUUUUUUAUAAAAUAUAUUUGCAGUUAUUAAAUUUAAAUGCAAUUUAAAAAGAUAAUCAUAAUACUUCUCUAUUAUAGAUUAUAAAAUUAUUAACAAUUUAUUUUUAUUAAUAAUUUAUUUAAAUUUAUGUCAAGACUAAAAAACUAAAGACUGCUAUAUAUGAAGAACAUAUAUAUGUAAUUAAGAUACUGUAUGAGUGUUUUAAAGCGAUUUUUCGCACAUACAAAUUUUGAUCUUGCAUUGCGUUUUGUCUAUUGUGAUUUUAUGCAUUCCGUCAACGAAUUUUACAAUAAUAUAUAUAACACGUUACUAACUACCACUAAAAGAAUACAUAUUUAUGACAGUCCAAUUUAAUAUUAAAAAGGAAACAAAAUGAUACAAAACAAAGAUUUCAGUGGUAAUAUUGCAAUUACAAAAUGUUUAUUACUAUGUAAUAAGAAUGCAAAACUCAAUGUUUUUUCUAAGCAAAUAAUAGAUUAAUUUGUGUGUUGCUAUAAAUAUUAACUUGUUUAUAUUUGCAAAGAAGAAAAUAAAAGUAUGCUUGUGAAAAUUUAUAUACAGUAUUGCUGUUACUCUUUUUGAAAGAUUUCAUAAAAAUGAUUUCAUAAUACUGAAUUUCCUUAAACAAAAAAUAUAAUAAUGAUGCUUAAAAUAUUCAUUUAAUAUUCUAUCAAAAAAUAAAAUUUCUAAUUAAAAUUUCUAAUUAAUAAUAAACAUUUAAUAAUUAAGAAUAAUCAAUUUAUAUGUUUUAAUAAUUAUGAAGAUAUUUAUAUUACCAAAACAAUUUUUAUUAUCUAUGAGUAUAUACUUUUUUAUUUGACUCUUUUUUUAAUGCAUUUUUAUGAAAAAUUGAAAAAAAAAUAUUUAGUUGAACUAGUUGACCUGAUAAUUAUAAGUAUGUGCAUAAAGAUUUAUAUACAUAUAUAAUUGUAUGUAUUAGUGAUGUUUUUUCAAAAUACUUUUUUUAUUUUUUCAAAAUAAAAAUAUAUUAAGAGACAUACAUUAUGUUAUGAAAAACAGGCAAACUUUCCUAUAUAUAAAUAUAUAUAUGAAACAAAAAAAUAACAAUGUUUUAUUAAAGCCUAAGACAAAUAAUAUUGAAUUUAUAUAACUAUGUGAACAAUUUGGCUAUAAAGAAAUGGGUUUAUAUUUAGCAAAGUUAUAUGUAAACUGUCAUUAAUUGUUAGAUGUUAGAUCGUUGCUGUAUCAAAAAACAUAGCUUAUUUAAUGUACGAAAAUUAAUAUCAUUAAAAGCUAUUAUGACGAAUGUUACAGUAAAAAAAUAAAAAACAUUAAAUGAGUGUAUACUGUGCAACUGUUAUACAUAAGGUUUGAAAGUAAAUUAUUAUUGUACUGUAAACUAUAUUUAAAUGAAUGUUUUACUUGUAACAUAGAAUUAAUUUGAAGUAUUUAUUUUAUAGGCAUACAAUAUUAUUAAAUGAAAAAUGAAAAUUUAGUUUAAACUCUUUCUCAUCUGUAUUCUAUGUUGAUUCCAAUUUCUUGUGAUAUAAUUUAAUAUUUUUUCAUUAAUAUUAAAAUUAUUUAUUGGUAUUUUAUCAUUGCAUUUGCAUUCCAAUAGAUGUAUCUCACUCAUCAGUAUUUUCACAAUAUAUAUAUAUAUAUAUAUAUAUAUGUAUAUAUAUGUAUGUGUUGCGAAGAGCAUAUUUAUUUGUGAAUGUUGUAUCCUAUGCUUAAGUACAUAGAUAUGUGUAAUAUGAAUGUCAUUAUCUAGUUGAUUUCAAAUUAAUUAAAUCAUUUGGUUGAGCAUUAGAAAUACGAUUUACUAUAUACAAAAAGUGUGAAUGCAAUAUUCAAAUGCUCUUCCACAAAUCUUUUUAUACACGACUUUUAUAUUGUGAAGAUGACAAAAAGAAUUUUUACCAAGCCUGUGCUCUUAAAUCUGUGUAUUUGUAUCCUGUAUGAGUAGAAUUGUACAUGAUAAUAUGAUAUUACGAUAAUACGUGCACGAUACGUAUUAUCUAUGACCAAGAAAUUUCUGGUAUUAUAUACUUCGUUGAGUUCAAAUGUGUUAUUAACGAUAGUAAACUCUAUUCUGAAUUUUAUGUACAACAAACUAAUCUGUAAAAACAUAGAGAUUCCUCGAUACUCUAUAAAUCUUUAACGAAAUUCAUACAUUUACAAAGAGCAAUCGAUUACAUUUUACUUUAUUGUAAAAAAUCAUAUUUAACUGAGCUAAUAAAAAUUAUGUACCUUAUUACGAAUUAUAUUAUUACGAAUAUCGAGGAAUUAUCAAUGAAAUACUACGAACAUGUUGAAAAAACUGCUAUGAAACUUUUACUGAUGUACAACUUUUACAAGAAAUAAACAACCAAUUUCGUAUA